AUGGGUCUCAACGGUAUCUUGAGAUGGCUUCGCCUUCCUGACACUGAUGUGGCCGAGUCCAACAUCUGGAUCAAUGAAGACAUUCGUCCAAUGCCUCCUGGUCGUCGACGAUGGUCGACAGCUACGUUCAUUUCCUUUUGGUUGACUAACCAGGUAGCCAUUUCAAAUUGGCAGCUAGGAGCCUCACUUGUCGCUGCAGGACUGUCUGUCUGGCAAAGCGUCAUUGCGAUUAUCAUCGGCAAGAUCAUUAUCGCUAUCGUCGCCAUUGCCAAUGGCUGCGUAGGCGCUGAAUGGCAUAUUGGAUUCCCGGUCGUAUCGCGUUACAUCUGGGGAGUCUACGGACAAUACGCCAUUCUACUCCAAAGAGUCGUCUUAAGUCUGGUCUGGUUUGCCGUUCAAUCAUGGACCGGCGGACUGACAGUUGUUAACUGCUUGUCGGCAAUCUUCCCGUCUUUCGAGUCUCUCGGCAACGUGUUCCCCGAGUCCUCGCACCUUACAACGAAAAACUUCAUCGGCUGGAUUAUCUUCAACAUCCUGCUCAUCCCAAUUCUUUACAUCAGACCCGAACGCAUCCAGAAGGUACUCCUUGCUUUCAACGUGAUCUCGUCGGUCACGCUGGUUUCGAUAAUGAUAUGGGCUCUGGCAACAGCGGGCGAGGCAGGGUCUCUCGUCAGACAAGGCUCAAAGUCGAUGACAUCCAGUGAGCUUGGCUGGCAGAUCGUUCACGGAAUCACGACUGUCAUCGGAAGCAUUGCCGUCGGUCUAACGAAUCAGCCUGACUACUGCCGCUUCGCACGCAAGCCUGGCGACCAGAUAUUUGGACAAUGGUUCAGCAUCAUCUUCUUCGGGGCCAUCUUCCCGACGUUUGGUUGCUUGGCCGCUUCAGCAACCGGCGUCAUCUAUGGGACGCCUAUAUGGAAUCCCCCCCUUAUCGUUCAGGCUUGGCUUGAUAACAACUACAACGCCAAGAGCCGGGCUGGAGCUUUCUUCGCGGGUCUUGGACUUCUCUGCAUCCAGCUCAGUAUUAACUCCGUCGACAACGCCUUCUCUGCCGGCAUGGAUCUUGCUGGCUUGUUCUGCCAGUACAUCAACAUCCGCCGCGGAGCUUACAUCGGUCUCGUCCUGAGCAUCGCUCUCUGCCCAUGGGAACUUCUCUCUUCGGCUGCGGUGUUCAUUAGUGUUCUGUCAGCCUACAGCGUCUUCCUCGGCCCCAUCAUAGGCAUUCAGAUCUGCGACUACUUCCUUAUCCGCCGACGUAAGAUCAAGCUGUCCGAUCUUUAUCAUCCUCGGUCCGAUGGCUCCUUUUACUACUGGAAAGGCAUCAACCCGCGAACCUUCAUCGCUUGGGUGUGUGGAUUCGCGACACAGUUGCCAGGUUUCGCUGCAAGUGUCACUCCCAACAGUGUGCAUGUGGCCACAGCUUGGAUCAAUUUGUAUUACCUUGCCUUCCCUCUCGGAUUCACAAUUUCCUUCUUGCUCCAUUUCGCGAUCAACACAGUGUGGCCUCCUCCGGAAGCAGGCGUCAUUGAUGAUGUGGACUACUACGGAACUUUUACGGAUGACGAGGCAAGAAGGAUGGGCGUGAUGACCCUAGAUACGGAGGUGAUUGAGGGCUCCCCCAAAGUUGCUGAAGCCUUUGGUCAUGAUCAAGGAUCCCGAAGCUGGCUCAAAUCAAUGUUGAAGUAA